AUGUCAAAUCCAUGUCCUCUAGUCAUUGUAUUUCAUGGUUCAAAACAAACUGGUGAAAAAAUGCGGCAAAGUUGUGGAUAUGAAUUUGACCGUUUGGCUGAUCAGUAUAAAUUUAUUGUUGCAUAUCCGAACGGAUACAAAAAUCAUUGGAACGAUAAUCGUUUGCAAGCACCGUAUGAAGCACGACAGUUAAACAUUGAUGAUAAAAGGUUCAUUCAAAAAUUGAUUGACCAGCAGAAGCCGAGUAUCGUUUUUGCUGUUGGAUAUUCUAAUGGGGGUCAUUUCGUUUUUCGUUUAGCACUAGAAAUGACAGAAAGAUUCGCGGCAUGUGCUGCUAUAUCGGCUAAUUUACCGACCGAUGGUAAUACAGAUGUACGACUAACCCACCAGCCCAUUCCGAUGCUAAUUAUGAACGGCACAAACGAUAAGAUAAAUCCAUACAAUGGUGGAGAAGUGUCAUUUUGGGGCUUUCAAAGUCGUGGUCAAGUACGAUCAUCCUGGUCAACGGCACAAUACUUUGCAGAUCAAUAUGGACUACAUUCUCUACAUGUGUCAUCAAAAUAUCUGACGAAUAACUGUCAGUCGACAACGUGGAACGACGAUGGUAAUAAACCGAAAAUCGUCCUAUUGACAAUACAUAAGGGUGGACAUGUGAUUCCACAACCGAAUUAUAGAGCACCGCGUAUUUUAGGCUUGACAGACACGAAAUUUAACGGACCAAAAGAAUUAUGGCAUUUUCUUCAAUCACAGUUCGAAAAAUAA